AUGACCAGUACACAAGAUUCAGCCAUGAUGAUAUGUUAUCGAGAAUGUUUAUCAAAUCUCGAAAAAUUCAACGGUAGUGACGAGAGAAAGACAACACAAUUCAUCCACUACAUCGAACGAAUUGGAAAAAUGAUUAACGCGCGGGGCGAUAUUCUAUAUUCGAUGUGCACAGCAAAGCUCGAUGGUGAAGCGAAACGGUGGUACGACAACAACACGACGCUGGAUACAUGGGAAACCUUGAAACCAGCGUUAGUCGAACGAUUCACAACUACCGAUUCAUCAUCCAAAGUGUUUGAACAGCUCAAAGAACGGAAACAGAAACCCGAAGAAACGGUCACUUCAUACUAUGAUACCGUCAUUAAAUUAUGCCACGAGUACGACCCGACGGUGUCGCAAAAGAUGAUCAUAUCAUGGUUGGAAAACGGAUUAUAUGAAACCUUGAAGAUUCCAGUCAAACGUCAGAUGAAAUCAUUAGCAGAAACAGCACGCACAGCACAGACAUUCUUGAAGAUUGCAAAAGCUGAACAAGAAUUACAGCAUGAAAGCGUCUCCACACUCGAAACAACGACAUACACUCCUUAUUUUACUGACACAGUGUCAGCCACAUUACCAAAACCAGGACUGGCUUCGUCGGGCACAACACAAUCUCUUCCAUCAUCUGAAGCAAAUGCAGCGCAAGAAGAGCCCGAUGGUCGACGACGAUACGGAUACACAGGCGCACGACAACAUGUUUCCGUUCGAACACAAGAUACAUUAACACAACAACGUUCAUCAGCAUGGAAGAAGCAUGGGACAUCCGACACACAAACCCGGAAUAAUUUCACGACUCAAGCAUCAUAUGGUAGUUACACGCGAAGUACAUGUCGCAUAUGCGGCCGGGGUGAAAUCAAGCUCGAAGUUAGGAUUCAAGGACACAAGACUACCAUCUUUGCCGACGUCGCUACGAACUUGAUAAUCGACCUGCUGCUCGGGAACGACUGGAUCACAAAUAACAAUGUCAUCAUCGAUUCACCGCAACGAUGCAUACAUAUAACCGAUCACCAUCGUCGAAUCAAAGCCACCGCGUUCUUUCUCAAACCGCACGAUCUUCAAACAUCAGUACUACUUACCGAAGAUAUCACACUUCCACCGUAUUCGGAAGUUUACAUCGAUAUAAACAUUCCGUCACCAAGGAACGUUGCAGAUGAAAUCAUCUUCGAACCCGAUCCACACUUCUAUUCAAAGCAGAUAUUCCCGAUCAACGCGUUACUCACCGUCGAAAAUCAACGAAGCAAGAUAAUGAUAAUUAAUGGCAGUGAUCAGCGACGGACCUUAUCACGAAAUACCAAAUUGGGAUACGCAUCCAGCAAAUCUGACACCAUCAAUCAUCUCGUCUUAACUAUACCCGCAAGUCACCAGGAACAUGCACAGACGGCGACACUUUCGAAUGUAAACGAGAGGAAUGCUCCAUUAUCGAAGCGGUCCUGCUAUCUACUGUCGAACAACAAGAGGAAGGUCCCGAAUACGGACUUUGCCUGUCGAAACAGACAAUCGAACGUGCAUGAACAACAUCAAUGUUAUGUCUGUCAACAACAGUUCCUAUCACGAAACGGCCUACAACAACAUCUACGCGAUCAAUGCUAUCCACAAGACAUUCGCGAGAAGAUCGAAAAAUUAACGAUACACAUCGAAAAUCAAAGUCAACGAGAAAAGCUCCAACGUAUUCUAUGGAAGUACGGGAAAUUAUACGACCUCCGACAACCUUCGAUUAUCAAAAGAUUGGCUAGACAUGCAAUCGAAACGGGUACACAUCCACCUGUCUAUGCACCGCCAUAUCGCGUAUCAUACAAGGAUGAACAAAUUCAGAAAGAAGAAAUUGAUAAACUACUACAACAAGGAAUAAUUCAAGAAUCAAAGUCUCCAUGGUCAUCACCCAUCGUCUUAGUACGCAAGAAAGAUGGAUCAGUCAGAUUUUGCAUCGAUUUUCGAAAACUGAAUAACAUCACCACCAAAGACGCAUUUCCGCUGCCACGAAUCGAUGAUAUCUUUGAUCAUUUAUCAAAAGCAGGAUAUUACAGCGCCAUCGACUUCAAAUCCGGUUAUUUUCAAGGUGUUACGAACGGCGCUCCAACAUUUCAACGCAUCGUGAGUCAAAUUCUUGGUCCCGCUCGAUGGAAAUAUUCAUUAGCUUACCUCGACGAUGUCAUCAUCUAUUCAACGACCUUUAAUCAACAUCUUAUCCACCUCGACGAUAUUCUCAACCGACUGAAUGACGCAAAUUUUCGGCUAAACGUGAACAAAUGUCAGAUAGCGAAGACGGCAAUCGACUACCUUGGUCACCACAUCGAGCGCAGCAGUAUUCGUCCAAAUGCCGACAACAUCAGAGCGCUACGAGAAUGUCCACAACCCAUAACAGCGAAAGAAGCAUUUCGGUUUCUCAAAGCCACCGAAUAUUACCGGAAAUUUAUACCACGAUUCUCCAUGAUCGCCGAACCACUUUACAAGUACGCACCUGUAGCAAAGGAUCAACGAUCAAAGGGAGCAGUUACCGAACAAUUUACAUUAACGGACGAAGCACUCAAUGCAUUUCAAGAAUUAAAACGUAUCUUAACCGAAGACCUAAUAUUACGUAUUUCAGAUGAGCGUCGGCCAUUCAAGAUCCAGACUGACGCUUCGAAGAUUGGAAUAGGAGCUGUGCUCAUGCAAACAUACGCAAAUGGGGAUCUGCCGGUCGCUUAUAUAUCGAAGAAGUUUACAACCACACAAAUGAACUGGCCUGCAACGGAACAAGAAUGCUACGCGAUUAUAUACGCGAUCGAGAAAUGGCACAAAUAUUUGGAUGGUCGACCAUUUACAAUCGAAACGGAUCAUAAGCCACUUCUACCUUUUAACCGAAAACGACAAUUGAACGCAAAAUGCGAAUGA